AUGAAUCUCCCUUUUCAAGCCAAUUUGACUAAUGACAUUCGACCAUACGUCUUUUUGCCGAAAUACCGAAUUCUUGUGUGUACAAAAUGUGGUUUUGGCCGACAUCGCGACCUAUCGCCCAAGGAUCGUCGCACACUAGUUGAGGCGAUACAUCAGAUCCCCAAUUAUCCGGACCGUUCUAGCGGCCCGAUUCCUUACCUUGCCGCGCCAAUAUUGGACGGAUUGAAAUGCCGGGCUUGUGGGUUUAUCGUCCGCCAGAUCCAGAAGAUGCAGGAGCAUUGCACUUCUACACAUCACUGGAAAAACCCGAGGGGCAAAGGAAGACCCCAGACUGGAAGUUCUUUACCCGCUCCUAAAUUGCCUUGGAACCAGAACGUUCCAUGCCAGCGGUUCUUCCCUUCGAGGACAGGCAGCAGAUGGUUCGAAGUGAACUUGAAGACGAGUGGUCAGAGGAAGGUGCAAGCUGUCACCCGAUCGUCUUCAACUCACAUAUCAGCAGAAGCUACGACCUUAUCCCCGGAAGCUGAAAGUCACCUGAGGGAAGUUAUAGGAAGAGAGCAGAAGUACCAGGAUGCGAUAAACAACCCUCGUGUUUAUGGAAAAGCUGUUAGUAGCGAUUCGUUCGCGGCGACAGACUUGUGGAUCGAAAGAACACGAUGGCCUGCAACGUACAAAGGUGCUCGGCGGGAUAUUCUAAGAGCCAUGACCCGAUUGCCCUGCCGUGGCCCAUUCAUCUCAGAUUGCUUCCUAAUGGGUCCAGGCACUUGUGAGGGCGACCCGGAUAUUGUCAGUCCCCGUGAGGAUGAACAAAAAAUUUCGUGCAUCAUUGGCGCAUUAGAUCGAGUGUUAGAUCGGUGCGAAAACACAGUUCGUCACACCAGUCAUACCAUCCUCUGCUGGCUGCUCAGUGGCCGACUCGAAUAUUGCAGACAGAAGCCAUUCACCCUAGUAGCGGAGCGGAGCAGCACGCUAAAGUACAGACGUCUCGAGAAACGCCUCUUGAGUUUUGUCCUUCGCGCUUUUAGAAUGGCGAAUUCUACCAGAGAAAUGCAGGCCGACAUCAAGAUCAGUGCAGAGCUUUUGCGGCAGCUGAAGGGCAUUUGGGAGCAUGAACUAUGGAGUCUGGUUGAUGUAUCCAGGGGAUAUUUGCCCCAGCUUCAUAAUGUCCGCGAUGGUAUCAGAAGAGACAGUGAGGUGUUCGUUUGUUCUGAGCUCGAGCGGCGUCAAACCCUGGAUCAUUUGGACGGCGAAAUGAUGCUAAAUGAUGAAGUGGAAAGCGAUGAAGAUGAGGAAUCUUGUGAUGAAGAAGACGAAGACGAAGACGAAGACGAAGACGAAGAUGAAGAUGAAGACGAAAAUGAAGAUGAAGACGAAAAUGAAGGCUACGAAGAUGAAAUGAGCGGGGACGAUGACCCGAGGAAAAGUGACAGCGAUUUUGAAGAUUCCGGAUACCCAAGUGGAUGUCCAUACCCGGACCUGGGGGAGAAUGUCGCAGACGAGGUCCUUGACGAUUUCCUAGAGCGUCUAUUUCAACUUUGCUGCACGCUGUGUACGGAAACAUACAUUGAUGGCCAGCCCGGUUCUACUGUGUUGGUUUACUUCAGUGGUAUCCUCGGUUUCUCCCCCGAUUGUCGGAAAUUCCUACUCGCACGACAAUACUGUUCACAACUAUCCGGGCUCAUAUAUAUUCAACGUCUAUUGCUUCUGGAGCAUGCACUGCCAUUGAAUCCCUAUCCCCGCAUUAGAAUUCAGCGACGAUCACAUACGAACCAGCUGGAACAGCUGAACACAACGCGUUGCAAAUACAUGAUCAUCGGCUCACAAUCUCCACUUGGGGAGCUUCAAAGCCUCCGAGACUUUGGUCGCACGAUUGCACGCACGGAAACCCCGCCAUUCUUAUUGCGAUGGAGCGAAGAUGGAGAAACGGUGUCUUGUGGAGACCUGAGGUUGACAAUGGAGAGAUUCCGCAAGCUUGCAGAUCACUUUAUUACUCGUGCAGAAGAAGUGAGCUCUAGGCUUAUGUUCGGACUCCAACCCGAAUUCGACUUGUCAAGAGUUAAAGACGACAUGACCAAUUCACAAUGCGGGUACUCGUUUGUCCAGAACCCAGACAAUGGCCUUGAUAAAGCAUAUCUAGAGUUAUUGGUCCGGGCUCAUACCUCUCGCGCUGGCGGACUGGCGAGGCAUGGCCAGUGGAGCUGGAAUGCCGUGAUUGAGUAUCUCAAAGAGGUGAAUGGAUUGCAGGAGAUGCUUGCAGGCGGACUGUUCACGGCAUGCGGCCAGACGCCACGGGUACGUGAGCUCUUCAGUCUCGAAUGCGAAAACGGGCCCUCGACAAGUUGUGGUUUUUCCAUCUGGGAACGGUCCCUAGAGUUUUAUGUUGUGCGAUUUUUGCCUGUAAGGCUAGCCCGCCUUAUGUACCACUAUCUUGUCUAUAUUCGCCGGUUUGCAAAAUUACUUCAGCGAGAACGUUAUGGGGCUUCGGAAGCUUGCCAGCCGAGCCCGUAUGAGAGGCUCCUCUUCUGCUCGGGUGGAAGACCAUGGAAAACAUCUCGUCUUAGGGAGAUACUCGGAAAAGCCACUCUGGAAGUCUGGCAACAUAAAGUUAACGCUCGGCAAUAUCGACAAAUUGCUAUAGGGAUAACUGAAAAGCACGUCCGAGAGAUACAUUCUCCAAUCAACAGGUACGACGAUCGCAGUGCGCAUGCCGAUUUGAAUGUUGUCUUUGCUUGGCAGAGUGGGCAUAGACCAUUGCAACGAGGAAUCACAUAUGGUCUUGAUGGAGCUUUUCCGACCCGGCUCCAACCGGCACUAUUGCGUGCUUACGAAUGGGCUUCAACCCGGUGGCAUGAAUUCCUACAUCAACCCAGCAAAAACUUGCCUGCACCGUGCGAGAAGCCAUCUCCAACAUGUGGUCGAUCUGCAGCUACAAGUAAACUCAAACGAGAUAUCAGCCAUAUUCUCCAGCCGAGGCAUUCCAUCGAACAAGAACCUUCACCUAAGCGAAAGAAAAUUCAAGCCACGAGCAAUGCUUCGAUCAAAGCAGCUCCGGGAUCGGCUGCAUCACAAAUCGUUUCGGCAAGGAGUGGUGAGAUAGCACCACGCCAGGUAAACGGCGAAGUUACCUCCAGAAACAAUACGGAACACUCUAGCCAAGAGCCUUCACUGCGGCUCGAAAAUCUGCUUUGCAUAUUGCAUCGAUAUGUCAGGCCAGGCAAGGGUGUAGAAUCCCAUUUCCGGAAGAACCAUCGUUGGAAGGGUGAUGUACUCAAACGUGUUUCAUCGUUCUGUCGCACUUAUGGAAGCCGACCAAUCAUUGAGCUGCCUACGUACACCGGGUAUAGCUGCAAGAUUUGCCGGUAUUUAACAAUCAACCGCCAUAACAUACUUCAUCACUGCAGCCAACUGCACAAUAGGACUGAAAGCAACAGUGAUCGAGGCUGGGGCGUUGUUUCAUUGCAGACAUUCGCAAAAGUAAUGGGACAGCACAAGCUUCAGGGAAAGCAGCUGGAGCAGGUACUGGGAUUCGUCGCAUCGCAGGCAGAGAAGCAUACGCUCAACGACCCGCACACAGCCGAGCUCCCCAGCGACUACAGUCUCCCCAUCGAAGGGCUCCCACUUCUGGGAGGGUUUAGGUGCACGGAACCCCGGUGCCGGUUUUUGACAAUAAACAAGAACAACAUGCUUGCGCAUCCGGCUGAGGCUGGCCACCAACUACGAAAAGGUGAUGGCAGGGCAGGCUGGGAGCCGGCGACUCUGCAGACGUUCUGCCGGGGCCGAUAUGCACGGUACUGGAUUGUGGAUGACAGCAGCAGCAGCAGCAGUGAAAACAGUAACAGCAGCAACAGCGGCAGCACGGCAGCAUCGACGCCACAGAGCCAAUUGACACGACAAGGCCACGGCACCGGCCGCGGGGCGGUAUUGCAGAUGGUCCAGGGUUGCGAGGCAGAGAUCAAAAGGGAAGCGGACGAGCGCCGAAGGCUCGCCGAAGAUGAAGCGGUCAAAGCCAUAGACAGGGAGUCAAGAUGGGUCGGGUUUAUGAAAUGGUCUACGCACCUCCCCAAGAAGGCCCGGCCAAUGCUUCUGAAGGCAGGGCAGCCACCCGUAUCCAAGGCGGCCGAGGCGCGGCUAUGGAGCGAGGAGGAGGCUAAGGCAAACCGGCGGCUGCGGCAGCUCUCAGCAAGCUUCGCUCGAGUUAUGGCUAUGUGCCGAAAGCGGCUGGAUAAGCGUUAUCUAUGCUACUGUGUGAGGGUCUGGGCGCUUGGGCGCAAGAAGGCUAAGAAGGAGCAUAAAGUACAGUUUACAAACGUGCAGUGGGAUGCUCUUGGCGAAGUCGUGCAGAGGUUGGAUGUUGUGGCUGCGGCGGCUGAGAGGGACGGCGAGAAGAUGGCAGAAAAGGAACUAGAAGAAGAGGAGGACCCGGACCGGAAGGAGCUUGACAAAGCCGUCUUCGACUUUUGCAUCUGCUCACUCAAGCAGAAGCUGGGUCACAAGAGCUACGACAACCCGCUGUUGCAUUUUACCGCCGUUCUCGGCAUCGAUCGGGCAGGCGAGGGCUGGAUCCCGUCACACUCAUACACUCGAUUUCUAGCCGGCUUCUUGUGGUGCGGCCGGGUCUUGAUGCUGGAAUACUUCUUUGAGAAUGAUUAG